CACUCUUGAGGAUAAUGUACAAACUGCAGUAUAUAUGUACAAUAAUAGCAUUCACUCUUCAACCGAUUUUACACCUUUUGAAAUUUUAUACGGACCUUUUAAAGAAAUUGAUCCACUAAGAACCUCUUUACAAAAACCUUCAAUGCAUGAAUAUGUUCAAAAUAGACGAAAAGAAUUAAUAAAAUUUUACGAGCAAUUAUUUCAAAAACAAAAAGAGAGAGCACAGAAACGCCUCAAUUACGUUAAUAGAAACAGAAAUGAUGCCAAUGUCGAAAUAACACAGGAAAGAGUAUUUGUAAGGACUCAACCACAGCGAAAAUCAACAAAUAAGUAUCAACCUGCCACAUUUGGAAAUAAAAAUGACAAAAACAUACUUAACAUCACCCCAGAGAAAAAUAAGAAAUCUACCAACCGUCAUUUAUCUCAAAUGAGAAGACUAAGAAAAGAAAUUUCUUUACAGGAUCAGUUGGAAGCCUCUUCCAGCCGAGAACCUCAGGAUCCAGGAAAUUAACACUACCGCUGGAUAUUUAAAAGAAGAGUUAGGACCUGCAUACAUAUUUAAUCACUAUCACACAAUAUAUUUCGCUGUCAAUCACUCUUCAUUGUAUUCGUCAUAUUUAAAACUAUUAAAUGCUGCUACUCUUAUCAAAUAUAAAAUUGGAGAAAGUAAAAGAAAUGGUCCAGCACUUCGAUUAUUAGAAAGACGUCUCGCAUUCUUUGAACAACAAUACGCCAAAAUUAAUCAUUUUAUUACUAAAAGAGGAUUACUAAACUUCUUGGGAACUGGAAUUAAAUUCAUUACAGGCAAUCCUGAUAAUGAUGAUUUAGAACAAAUAAAUUACAAUAUAAAAGCUCUUGAAGAAAAACAAAGUGAAAUUGUGCGAGUGCAAAAUAGGUACUCAUCAAUUUCGAAUGAAAUAACAAAUAAAUUAAAUAAUGAUAUACAACAGAUUCAACAAUAUAUAAACAAUGCUACAGUGUUCAUGACAAACAAAACAAAGGACGUUGUAGAAAAUGAAGAAAUACAAUUUUACAUUCUUUUAACACAGGAAAUAGUAGAUAAAAUUCUACUGAUAGAAAGAGCAAUUACACUAGCUAAGCAAAAUAUAUUAAACCUUGAAAUUUUACCUCAGGAAAAUUACCAGUCCUUAUCACGACAACUUUUGCAAUUAUUUUCAAUUAAAUCUGUUAUAUACCUUAAAAAUUCUCUUUAUGAAGUAAUACCACUUCUAAAUGUAAGGAUUGUUAGUACUAAACAAUCUAUUAUUUUCCUAAUAAGGUUUCCAAUUUUUCACGAAACCCCCGAAAUAUUAUUUAAAAUACACGUUAUUCCUAAUGCACAGGAAAUCUUCUUAUUACCUCCCGCAUCUUACGUCACCUCAAAUUUUGUUUGGACAGACUCACCAUUCCAAAUAAAAAAUUUAUCAUUUAUUAUAAAUUUCCAUAAUUCACGCUGCCGACUGAACGACCAGUGUGAAUACGUCAAAAAUAUCCAAGAAGCAACUCUGGUAGAAGAAAUGGAAAAUGGAGGACUAAUUCUACAUGCUGGAAAACCAACUAAAAUUUUGGAACAAUGUGAAAACCCAAAAUUACAAGAAAUGGAAUUACAUGGCAAUUAUUUAAUCCAAUCAGAAUGCCCGGUCAUUGUGGAUUCGAACAUGUUUUCACCAAAGAAGAUACAGGAAAAUUAUAAGAUCCACGAGGACUACCAGAUCCCUACGCCCAUAAAGGAAGCCAACUCCAAGAAAAUAACUAUCAAAACAUUAAACGACUUAAAUCUGCAAGAGAUCAAACCAGUCGUAUUAAAAUAUUCAACUUAUUUACAUUAUUCAUACAUUACAAUAAUUAUUGUUUCUGUUGUAGUUGUAUUAUUAUGCCUUUUGUAUNCGGCGAAGUCCAAUUAUACGCAGAGCGAACGAACAAAGAGUUUUCGGAUGUUGGGGGUGGCGGUACGGUCGUUACAAUUCAAAGAUGGUAUUGACCUUAGACAACUGAAAAUUUCUCCGCCUCAGGCGGCGAGCUACGAAGAUAGAGCAAUAGGGUGA